UGAAAACAGAUGCAAUGUGGGCAAAGGGACGCAUCUCGUGCUGAAGCGCGCCGAGAAGGCGCGCGCCUUGGUCAGCAAAAUGCCUGCAAUGGCGGAAGCUCUGACCGCGAAGGUUGUUGCUUGGGAGAAGGAGAGAGGCGUCAAGUUCGAGUACGAUGGUGUAUGUCUCCUUAACCGACGGCUGACCUCUUCAUUUUCUUGAUCCAUUCAUUUGUGUCGAGCUCAAGCCUAGGCACAGGCUCGGCUCGUUGACAGCCCUAGCCGCAGACCCACAGCCUCCCGAGCACGAGCGCCCCGCGGCUCUACUCCCAACCGCGGCAGCCGCGACGCCAGCUCCGCCGCCGCCCCUCGCCGGCGCUUCCGAGCACCGCACGGCUCACGAACAGCCAGCGCAGAUCCGCGAGGAACAUUGCCGCCGCCAACCAUGACUUCCGCGCACUCCAAGCUUCACUCCGACGACGUCAGCCUCGUCGUCGUCGUCGUCGACACUAACCCCUUCUUCUGGGCCGCCGCCGCGCUCCCCUUCGCCGACUUCUUCGCCCACCUUGUUCACUUCGUGAACUCGCUCCUGCUGCUUAACCACCUCAACCGUGCGGUCGUCAUCGCUGCGGGCGUCAGCUCAUGUGCCUACAUCUUUGAUUCCAGCGAUGCCAGUGCCUUCGGUGGUGCAGGCGUCGGGGCCACCUUUGACAAGGCGAGCCACAGGGUGGAGGAAUUCAUCGCGCAAGAUGCCCGUGCCACCAUGGGCAAUGGUUCGGUUGCUUCCGGCAAUGCCGCAUCGCUGCUCUCUGGGGCGCUGUCAAUUGCUUUGUGUUGCUGUUUAGAUAUACAGAGGAUUUUCCGCUCUGGGACUCGGUAUCCGCAACCUCGGAUUUUGUGCCUGCAGGGUUCUCCAGAUGGACCUGAACAAUAUGUGGCGGUGAUGAAUUCAAUAUUUUCUGCUCAACGUUCCAUGGUUCCAAUUGAUUCGUGUAUUGUGGGAACCGAGGAUUCUGCUUUCUUGCAGCAGGCUUCAUACAUAACAGGAGGAGUUUAUCUGAAGCCCCAAGAACUAAAUGGUCUGUUUCAAUAUCUUGCUGCUGUAUUUGCAACUGAUUUACAUUCAAGAACAUUUAUGCGCCUUCCUAAGACCCUUGGAGUGGACUUUCGUGCUUCAUGUUUCUGCCAUAAGAAGACUAUUGACAUGGGAUAUGUCUGUUCAGUUUGUUUGUCAAUAUUCUGCCAGAAUCAGAAGAAGUGUUCAACCUGUGGGUCAGAAUUCAGUCGUGUCAUGCCUGAUUUGAAUUCCAUGCCAGAUCAAAGCAAGUAGUAGUCUGUAAACGGUUAACGGUCAACCAACAUGCUUUGCUCUAUGUUUCUUCACAGGACGGAGCAUGCACCACGUUUCCCCAUGUAUAUCCGAAGGGUUGGCGAAUUUGGUGAAAAGCGAUGCAACUUAGACUAAUGGCAGUAACAAUUUUGUGAAGGAAAUGAUUUAGGGCAAACGCUCCUUGAUUUUGGAACUAGAGUUCUAGCAGUGAACAGAAAAGUUGCAAACCUGGUGACAUGAACUUGUGUGUGAUGCAUUGUUGCCAAAAAGGACAAAAGACUACUAAUGAAAUAUCAUAGCAUGGUUGCCCUUA